UGAUGCACUUGUUGUCGACAAUCCUCAAUUUUUCAACAGGCUUGCAGAAUCCUUCAUUACAAGGGCUCAUAUAAGAUUCGUUGUUCUACUUUGGGGCGAGAAAUCACACCUUAAAAGCAAAUUUGUGGAUGAAAUGCCUAUAUAUGAGUACAAGGAUAUUGUGGAACUAGGACAACAAAGCCGCCAUGCAUUGCUUCAUUCUUGGCCGACAGGCCAGAAGUAUGUUUAUGAAGCCAUCAACCCUGAAGAUGUUGCUACACUAAUGUAUACAAGUGGAACAAGUGGUAUUCCCAAAGGUGUGAUGCUUACGCAUCAGAAUCUUUUGCAUCAGAUAAAGAACUUGUGGGACAUUGUGCCUGCAGAAGCCGGAGACCGUUUCUUGAGUAUGCUGCCAACAUGGCAUGCAUAUGAGCGUGCAGCUGAGUAUUUUAUAUUUACCUAUGGGAUUGAGCAGGUUUACACAAACAUUAAAAGGUUGAAG